AUGACGUUAUGGGCGCGGGCUCCGGAGCCGCGCGCGGAAAGAACGCCCGUGGGGCAGGCGCGCCCAAAACGGGCGGCACCGCCACGCGUCGCCUGGGCGGCCACUCUCGCGUUGCGAGACCUGGCCCAGUGCAACAACAUUGUGUCUUACCUCGCUUCGUGCACAUGGAGUGCGGCUUUGUCGAUUGUCAAUCGGUGCAUCGCACAGCAUGCGCAGCAGUCUCUGGCGGCACUUGGCCUCAUGCAAAGCAUGGGCAUCGCCAGAGAGUGGCGCGGAUCCAUGGCAUUGCUGAGCCAGGGGUGGUCCAGCAGCAUGCGACCAAGCCUCAUUCUCAGCAACAUGGCUCUGACAGCCCUGGCCGAGACGCGCUCAGGCGCCGUCACCUGGCCUCGCGCGGUAGCGAUCCUCAGCAAUAUUCCACGGUGGCAGGUCCAGCCCGGUACCGUCUCAUACAACGCGAUGUCCACCAGCAUGGAGAAGCAGAGCAGCUGGCAACAGGUGCUUUGCAUGCCACGGUUGGCUCAAAGCAGAGGGGUUCGCUGUGAUGCGUUCUCCAUGGGCAGCCUGGCAAAGUCUUGCCGAAGCUGCUGGGAUGCGAGCCUCAAUUUGUUGGAGCAGGUGGCGGCCCAAAGUCUGCGGGUGCACUUGUUCACCGCCAGCGCGGCCCUCACCACGAUGGAGAAGUCCAACGCCUGGGCGCCGGCGCUGGCCAUGGUGCACCGCAUGGCCUGCAGCGCCUUGGAGGUGGAUGUGGUGGCCACCUGCGCCGCGACCAGUGCGUGCGCUGGGUCCUCGCAGUGGGCCUUUGCCGUGCUGCUCGCCCGCACGGGGUGGGAAACUUGCCGCUCUGUGGUGGCUUUGAAUGCGGCGCUCAGCGCCUGCGAGCGCGCACGCCGCUGGGAGAGGGCGAUGCUGCUUUUGGGACUUGCGAGCGCCAGCUUCACGCGCUUGACCAUGAUCUCCUACAAUGCUGCCUUAUCAGCCAGUGAAAAGAUCCGACGCUGGGAUCUCUCCCUGGCCUUGCUCGGCACGCGCAAAGGCCUGAGGGCCAGCCUGGUGACCAUGAACGCAGUUGUGAGCAGCAGCGAGGGCUCCUGGGAGCUGUCGCUGCAGCUGCUGUCGCUUGUGCUGAAGCUGGCGUUUGUACCGGACCUUGUCAGCUACAACGCGGCUAUCAGCGCGCAGGAGAAGUGCGGCAGUUGGAGCUGGGCGUCGAGGCUCCUUGCUCAGAUGUCCAAAGUCGCGUGUCUCCCUGACGUGGUGUCGCUCGCGGCGGUCGCGGCUGCUGACCGCGGCUGGGAGCGUGCCCUGGCAACCCUGGCAAGGCCGCUGAAGCCCAACGUGGUGUCCUGUACUGCGUCGAUGCAUUCCUGCGCGGCUGCAAUGAACUGGAAGAAUGUGUUGGACGUCAUGGCUUUCAUGCGGAGGAUCAUGGUGAGGCAGAACUGCGUGACCUUGCACGCUGCAUUGACAGCAGCAGAGAAGACGAGACCACACGACGGCACGCUCCACCUUGCAGAGGACUUGAGGCAGUCUGCAUCAGGAGCCAUGUCUCUAGACCAUGGCUAUUUAUCAUCCAUCGGGAUGCAGCCGGUGACCGCAACGGCGGCCAUUCUGACGGGGGCCGAGGAGGGUGGCGAGAGUGGCGCAGUGGCCUCCGCGCCCCGCAAGACUGGUGGCAAAGGUCCAGGCAGCGGCGAGUUUACAACCGGUCAGGAGGUUCGGGACACUUUUGUCGACUUCUUCAAGGGCAAGAAGCACGACUUCGUGAUUUCCUCCCCGGUUGUGCCUCACAACGACCCUACCUUGCUCUUCAUCAAUGCAGGCAUGAACCAGUUCAAGCCCAUCUUCGUGGGCCAAGUGGAUCCCAGCCAUCCCUUUGCCAAGCUCAAGCGCGCGGCAAACUCCCAGAAGUGCAUCCGCGCGGGCGGCAAGCACAACGAUCUGGAGGAUGUGGGCAAGGACGUGUACCACCACACCUUCUUCGAGAUGCUUGGAAAUUGGUCCUUCGGGGACUACUUCAAGGAGGAGGCCAUCACCUGGGCCUGGCAGCUGCUCACAGAGGUGUACCACCUGGACCCCGCGCGGCUCUAUGCGACCUAUUACGGGGGGGAUCCCAAGCAGCCCACCGUUCCCCCGGAUGACGAGGCCAAGAAGAUUUGGCUCAGGUACCUGCCUGCGGAGAGGAUCCUGCCAUUUGACAUGAAGGACAACUUCUGGGAGAUGGGCGACACCGGGCCCUGCGGCCCCUGCUCCGAGAUCCACUAUGACCGAAUUGGUGGCAGAGAUGCCGCGCACCUGGUGAACAUGGAUGACCCGGACGUGCUGGAGAUCUGGAACCUGGUCUUCAUGCAGUUUGAGCGCAAAGAAGGCGGGAGCCUGAUCGAGCUGCCGGCGAAGUCCGUGGACACGGGCAUGGGCCUGGAGCGGGUCACCUCUGUUCUGCUGGACGUCCGCUCCAACUACGACACGGAUCUCUUCCAGACAAUCUUCACCGCCAUCAAGGAGAAGACGCAGACCUCCAAGACCUACGCUGGGAAGGUCGGGGACGCGGACAAGGAUCACGUGGACAUGGCGUAUCGAGUCAUCGCGGAUCACAUCCGAACGCUGACCAUCGCGCUGACGGACGGCGCCACGCCCUCCAACGAGGGGCGGGGCUACGUGCUGCGCCGCAUCCUGCGGCGCGCGGUGCGCUUCGGCCGGGAGAUCCUGGAUGCCCCCCCGGGCUUCUUCCACCAGCUGGUGGAUUCGGUCUUGGACACCUUGGGGAACGCCUUCCCCACGCUGAAGCAGAACCCCGAGGAUGUGCGGGCGAUCAUCAAAGAGGAGGAGGCCCAGUUCGGAAGGACCUUGGACCGCGGCAUCAAACAGUUCAAGACCUUCGCAAAGAAGGGUAGCAUCUCUGGCGAGGACGCCUUUCUGCUGUUCACCACCUUCGGAUUCCCAGUGGACUUGACGCAGCUCAUGGGCGAGGAGUUGAAGGUUGAGGUGGACAUGCCAGGCUUUGAGAAGAAGAUGGCGGACUUCAGGGAGGACUCCAAAAAGAAGAAGUCGGCGACUUCCAGCAAGGACAUGACUCUCAAAGCGAACGAGACCGACAAGCUGAUCAACGGAAUGAAGCUGAAGCCGACAGAUGACAACUUGAAAUACGAUUGGGUCACAGAGGGCGAUGGAAAUGAGCACAGUGCGAAGAUUCAGGCGAUCUAUGACGGCCAGGACAGGUUCGAUGCUGGGGGCAAUGGCCCAGGCAAGGCCGAGACCAAGAAGUUCGAGGGCAAGGCCAAGGAGGAUGGCGAGAAGCUGGGCCGCUGGGAGGCCACAGCGGGCUCCGGGGACACCUUCGUGGGCGUGGUCCAGGACGGUGCGGAGCAGCUCUUGGAGUGUAUUUGCAUCUCAGCCAUAGUCCUGGAACCGAUGGACACGAUGUCCGUACAGGACGAGUUGCACCUCAGCUUCGUUGAGGUCUGGACAGGAUCCAAGAAGGCCAAGGGCACGACGCCCUGUGAGUCGUUGAAUGCACGAUUUCAGCGCGUGUGCCGGAAGAUCAUCCUGGCGAAUCGGGCCUUUGGUGGCUUGCAAGCAGAAGCGAAGGCGCUGCGGCAGUCUUAUCGCCGCGCUUCAAGGGACUUCGCCCACUUCUCAGACACGGCGGCCCGGGAGUUUCAUGUGGAGGACUUUUGGCAGAACUACAAGUCUCGACCGGGGACAAGUUGGGCAGCCACACCAGUGAUCUCCGGUGACUGGGACGGUUUGCGGAGCAAGAAGGCCACUGAGCAGGUAGACGAUAUGUUCGGCUCAUGGACCUCCUCGCUCUUCGGCCUCAAGCCCAGCCCAGCUCCUGGGCCCUGCGACGGCCGCGCAUCCACUGCCCCACCAGGCUUCCGCAGGCAGCGCUCGGAGACCGUGGAGACCUGCUACACCGCCUGCUCCUUUUGGCACGAGCCCACCAUGCGCUCCAUGCGAGGAAGCGACUCAGAGAACUCCACCUUCGAGGAGUUGCCAGGGUUUUUCACCGCCAGCUGCGAGUUUGACCUGGAACGCACCCAGCUCACCAACUGCUUCAGCUGGUGCAGCUUCCUCCGCGAGGCGGGGAACUCCCCGCUCGUGCUGGCGGACCCCUCGCUGCUCUCGCGCAUCCCGGGCCUUGAAGGGCUGCCGGUGAUGGACGCGGCCCUGGAGCAGUACAUCCACACGUGCAACAAGCUGGGGGUUCGCCCCAGGCCUCUUCCUUUCAUCACAGGUCACGCUCCCAAUCUUCUGGCCGCAGAUCAGAACCUCACAGACAAAGACCUGCUGUCAAUCCUUUCCCUAACGAAGGAAGUGGACUUGAUCGAGGACGAAGUGGAUCUGUCCGGAAACCGGAAUCUUACUGAUGCCGCGUUGGUGCCAUUCCUGCAUGAGUGUGGGCAGAAGAGGACGUGCUUGACCAGUCUGAACCUCAGCUUCUGCGCUUUGGGGGCUGCAGCUUUGGAUCUGCUGGCUCAGCUGCUGCUCAAGGGCGGCUUGGGUCUGCUGAACGUGCUGGACAUCAGCGGCGUGCAAGUGCCCAUGGCUGCGCAGCAGCGGCUCAUGGACUCUGUGGGACGGCACCCGAAUUUGUGGCGGGCCAACUUGGCGAACCUGGGCCUGGGCAAACUCCGAUGCGCGCGGACAUCACUGCAGGGCCUCUUCCAGAGCCAAUCCCUCGAGGAGGUUGACCUCAGCUGGAACACCUUCGACAGCGCGGCCUUCUCGCAGCUGGGCCGCGCCUUGAGCUCCGGGAGCGUGGCGCGCCUCGCGGUGGCCGGGUGCUCCAACAUGACCCGCGCCGUGCGCGAUUUGCCCAUUGACUACUUCCUGGAGCAGCUUUGCAAUGUGCAACAUUUGACGUACUUGGACAUCUCUGUGAACCACAUCGACUCUCGGAGCGCCUUCAUCUUGGAAGACGCUUCCGACACGCUCCAAUGCCUCGCAGACCUUGAGAUCUCGGAGAACCCGCUGGGCUCGGCCGGGCUGAGGUGCGUCUUCCGGCUCUUGGCCCAGAAGACCUCCGGCCUGCAAUGGCUGCGCUGGGACGGGUGCGCCUACGGUGUCAAAGCCGAGGAUGAGAGCUUCUGCCCGCGGAGCCCCUCCGGGCACUACGAGCUGGACCUGGCGAGGCCGUACCACCGGGCCAUCCUCCGGAGGAUCUACAAGACCUGUGAGCGCUUUCGGGUGCGGCCAUCGGUGGCAUUCCAGAUGGUUGCCAGUAGCCAUGCGGCAUAUCAGCAUGCGAGCAAGCAGAAAGGGCGCUGGAACGUGGCGACUGGAGGGACCCUGUCCAUGGACUUCAAUGUGGAUGGCCUAGGCGUAGAAAGCCCAGAGGGCCGGUCCUUGUGGUCCUUCCUGGCGCAACGGAGCCGUCGCCGGCUGGCGCCGGCACUGCACAAGGUAGCGCCGCUUCUGGCGCUGUGGCAGAAAACACGCGACAGCGCCAAGGAGCAAGAGACCAUGCUGGAGUGCUUGUGUACGGACUUCCUCCUCCGCCCGGAGCAGAUCCGAGCGCUGCGCUGUGCAAAGGCUGAGCACCAGGCGUUUCUCUCCAGCUGCUGCCUUCCCCACGACGAGCCUCCGCAGCUGCUGCUGCUGUACGCAACCACCAUGGAAGAGUACGUAUCUCAAUGCAAGCACAUGGGGCAUUUGAUGAUCAACCUCGAAUGCCCCAACUGGCACUACCGCCUGGACAUGUCGUGUCCCAGGGAUGCGGCCAUUGCAGAACAGCUGUCCUCCUUAAAUCUCUGGGAUAUGGAGCUCGAUAGGCGCCAGCGCACCGACACCUCAGAGCUGGGGGACCAGUCGCACUGGCGCAACGUGUUCCACCAGGGGCCCUGGAAGCCAGAUGUUUCCAGGUGGGCGUUGCCCCGGGAGGGGCGGCUGGACUUCGACUACGUCAGCGCCAGGAGGCCGCCGAGUGGCAGCGAUGCCAUCAGCCAAGGCUACUUCGAGCAGCUGCUGGAGCUGCUGAGCAGUUUCAAGGAGGUGGAGGGCUUGGCCAAAGUGGAAGCCCUGCGCCGCUCCGGGCACCAGCUGUUCCUCUCCUGCGGCCAGAUGCGGGAGCUGCUCAGUAUCUUGCCCUGGGAGGAAGCCAGGCUUCGCGCCGCCGUGAUGCUCUACUUCCAGGUAGUGGACAUUCAGAACGAGACGAUCUUCCGCGUUGUGUUCGACACUCCAAAGACGCUUCAGAGAUUUCGGAGGUCAUUGGGUUAUCUAGUCACGUUUCCCUUCAUCCAACCAGAGGGCAGCUUCCAUCUAUGUCUGGAGCAGCGGGAGAAGCGGGUCAUUGCGCACCUCUUGGCGGUGCUGCAAGGCAAAGAGCGGUGCUCACUUCAAGAGUUGGUCUUCUGCGACAUUUCGGAGAGGAAGACGUCCUUGCCUUCUCUUCCGAAAGCUUGGGAGACGGCGGUGGAGAAGGUGCCGACGCGAGGUGUGAUCUCCGGAAGGUAUGUGUGCGUCCACGAAGAGCGGAAUCUGCCAGUCCGCAAGCAACUGCUGCAGCAAUAUGGUGGCUGGAAAGUGGGGCACAUCAGCAAGCAGAAUGUGUGCUGGUGGGCCGACUGCUCCGAUGCUCCGGAGGGGCUGCUGGACGUGGUGCAGCUCUACCUGCGGAAUCGAGGCUUCGAGGCGCUGAGAGCGGCGUCCUGGACCUCCGCGGACUUCGGGCCGGCGCUGGCGGAGUGGGGCGUCGAGGACGCGGAGGGCAUCUUUCAGUUCUUGUCCUGCGGCCAGAAGGCAGUAUCUCGAAGGGAGUGGUCCCUUUUGGAGGAUUUCGCGCGCGAGGUUCGUCAACAGGCCCAAGAUCUGGUCCGCUGUGCGGCGCGGCGCUUUCACCUGACCGACGUACUGGACCAGCUCUGGAGCAAACUCGGAGAAUCGGACGCCACCCUCACCCCAGAAGAGUGGAAGCAGGCGCUGGAGGAGCGCCUGGGGUUUUACGGGCCCAAAGGCCAGGCCUUUCGCCUCAUGGAGGAAACCUCCGGCCAGCUUUCCGCCAAGCAGCUGGUGUUUCUGGCACCCAUGCUGGAGCAGUACUUGGCCGUGCGAGCUGAAAACGCAGCAGUGAAAGCAGAUAAGCCGUAG